AACAAUCGGUCACACGUAACCAUGAGUGUGUUAAAAAUAGUGAUCCUUUUCACUAGUUUACUUCACAGCUUAAUUGAAGCUGAAGUUAUUUACAAUGGUAGUUCUACGGCUAAGGACGAUUGGUGGAAACAUACAGCAUUCUAUCAGAUUUAUCCUCGAUCCUUCAAAGAUAGUGAUGGCGAUGGACUGGGCGAUUUGAAUGGUAUUAUUAGUAAAUUACAAUAUCUGGUAGAUGCUGGAAUAACGGCUACAUGGCUUUCGCCAAUUUUUAAAUCUCCUGGAGUCGACGCUGGAUAUGAUAUUAGCGAUUUUAGAGAUAUUGAUGAAAAAUUCGGAACCAUGAGUGAUUUUGAUCGACUCCUCAAGGCUGCCCACGACCUUGGCAUAAAAGUUAUUUUGGAUUUUGUUCCGAAUCAUACCAGCGAUCAACACGUGUGGUUCCAGUUGUCCAAAAAUAGAACAAAGGGGUACGAGGACUAUUUCAUUUGGAAAAAGGGCUAUAAUUCAACAACACCUCCUAAUAACUGGGUGACAAGAUUCGGUUAUUCCGCCUGGGAAUAUGUAGCCGAGAGAGAUGAAUUUUAUUACCAUCAAUUUACCACUUCACAACCUGAUUUGGACUUCAGAAACCCUAAAGUUGUACAAGAAAUGAAUGACGUGCUGACCUUUUGGUUAGAUAAGGGCGUAGAUGGGUUCAGAAUUGAUGCAAUUCCCUUUAUUUUUGAGCACCCUGAUUUCAAAGAUGAACCGCUUGCUGACGACUACCAAAACUACAAACCCUAUGAGUACAAAUAUCUCAAGCAUAUUUAUGUUAGGGAUCAACCGGAAAGUAUAGACAUGAUUUAUCAGUGGAGAGAAGUUGUCGACAAUUACCAAAAACAGAAAGGAGGAGAUACCAGAGUGCUCAUGAGCGAGGCGUAUUCAAGAGUAAACAUCAUUAUGCAACAUUAUAGCAAUGGAACAGUUGAAGGGGCUCAUUUUCCUUUCAAUUUCUUUGUGGUAACCGACACAAGAUAUAACAGUACUGCCAAUGAGAUCAUUUCGCCAAUAAAGAAAUGGUUGCAAAAUAUGCCAAGCGGACAUGUAGCUAAUUGGGUGUUGGGAAAUCACGAUAGAGACAGAGUAGCCACCCGUCUUGGAGUUGAGAAUGCAGACGGAUAUAAUAUGCUGAUAGCCCUUCUACCAGGGGUGGCUGUCACUUAUUAUGGGGAAGAAAUUGGAAUGGAAAAUGGAGCAGUAACAUGGGAAGAAGGACAAGAUCCAAAAGCAUGCAUUGGACCCAAAGAAGAUUACCUACGUACAACCAGAGAUUUUGAAAGGACUCCGUUCCAAUGGGACUCUACAGUUAACGCAGGAUUCAGUACAGCGAACAAAACCUGGUUGCCCGUCAGUUCACAAUAUAAAACAAACAAUCUUGAACUACAAAGUAAAGAUGGAGUAAAAAGUCACUUUCAUGUCUACCAAGGUCUAAUGAAGUUAAGGAAAGAAGAUUCCUUCGUUUUUGGAAAUUUGAACAUAGAGGCUUUAGACACUUACGUAUUGGCAUUUACUAGGGAGUUGGUUGGUAACGACACCUACGCUUUUAUAUUUAAUAAGGGAAAUUAUUCUUCUACAGUGUCCUUAUCUCCCUUUAAGUCUGUCACAGGGAAUGUUACAGUAGUUCUAACCAGCAGCAACUCAACCAGAAACGCAGGGGAUACUCUGCCAUCAGGAAGAAUAACUAUGGAUGCGCACGAAGCAAUAGUUGUAAAAUCACCAUCAAAUGUUUCCGUGUGAUGGAACAAUUACACUACUCUGUUAAUAAUGUUAUUUCUAUUUCGAAUUACCUAAUGGCAAAUUGAUUAACAUUUUAUCUGUUAUGUUGAAAUAUACCGACUUUAUCACUAUACUAAAUUUAUUAUAUUUUGUCAGAUUUUUGGAAAAAAAAAACAGAUAUGACAAUAUACUUUGGUUCUUG